AUGGGGCCCUGGGCGGGGCCCUGUCGUGGAGGACUAGACUUUACCCUCUUGUUCGAAGAGUCCAUCUUCUCUAUACUACCCAGCGCACUCUUAUUCCUCGCUGCUCCCAUCCAGCUCAUAUGGGUGAGAGGAAAAACCAAAACAACACGGGGUGGGCCCCUUCUCCCCUCCAAACUGGCUCUCAUCAUCAUCAUGGGCCUCUUGAAACUCUCCCUCGUUCUCCUCUGGGCUCUCCAAAGCCCCCAAGAAAAGACCCGCACCACGUUGCCGGCGUCUGUUCUCAACUUCCUGGUCAUUGGGCCGCUCUUUGUCUUUUCUUGCACUGAGCACGUCUUUCGUAUCCGGCCCAGCGUCGUCAUCCAGAUUUUCCUCCUCCUCACCACCAUCUUUGAUGUAGCGAGGAUCAGGACCCUCUGGCUGAUGCCCGGCGCCAUGGCCUUUGCCGCCACCGAGUGCGGCGCCUUGGCCGUCAAGAUCGGCCUCGUCAUUGCCGAGGCCUGGCCAAAGCACAAACUCGUGGUCGACGAUCUUCAGCUUUACAGCGGAGAACAGCUGUCUGGAUUCUACAGCAAGACUCUAUUCCUAUGGCUUAUGAAGACCCUCUGGAACGGUACGAUUCCACCGAUUCCUGACCCCGCAGACCUCGCCGGCCCUCAAAACGAGGAAACCGCCGAGCGCCGGCGCACCACUUUCCGCACGCACUGGGCCCGCCGCCCGGACAAGCAAGGCAAGACCGCCCUCUUCGCCACGCUCGUCAAGGCCAUGCCCGGUCACUUCCUGCUCCCCUUUGUGCCCCGCGUCAUCAUCGUCGGCGUCACGCUCACCCAGCCCAUGCUGCUCCGCCGCAUGCUCGAGUUUGUGCAGGAAGACCCCGAGACCAAGGACAUCAACGUCGGCUACACCCUCAUCGGCGCCUUUGCCCUCGUGUACGGCCUCGCCGCCGUCUUCAACGGCUGGUUCCACCACGCGUGUAACAAGCUGGCUCUCGAGCUGCGCAGCCAGCUCGUCGACGCCACGUACAACCACCUCUUGAGGCUGAGGCUUUCCGCCCUGGACACGGGCAAGGCCACCACGCUGAUUAAUGUCGACAUGCAGCACAUCAUGGAUGGUUCCCUCAUCCUGCACGACAUUUGGGCUAGCGUGCUGACCCUGGCGAUCGCGACCUACAUGUUGUACAAGCAGAUUCAGCUCGCGUUCAUCGCGCCACUUUUGUGCACUUUGGUCCUAACUAUUGUCGGUGGCGCAUUCGGCGGCCCGCUCGGCAACCGGCAAGUGGCUUGGCUCGCGUCCACGGAAAGUCGAGUCAAGUCCACCAUGAACAUGAUUUCCAGCUUCAAAGAGGUCAAGAUGCUUGGCUUGGCACCCGCAUAUUUCAAGAGCCUCAAGAAAUUGCGGUUUGACGAAGUUCAACUCGGAAGGAAAUUCCGCCGCGUCGUGUCCGUUCUCAUCACACUGUCUGCCGCCUCAACCCAAGUUUCCAUUCUCGUGGCCUACGGUGGCUUCGCCAUCAUCAGCAAGCUUCACGGCGUGCCCCUCACCACCGAGACCCUUUUCGCUUCCCUGGCCCUCUUGCGCAUCUCCCUUGAUCCCCUCUUCCUGCUGAUCCAAGGCACCCCGCAUCUCGUGUCCCUCUUCAAAUGUCUCGGUCGUAUCCAGGACCUGCUCAAUGACGAGCGGAGGCUCACCGAGAGCUACCAGGAUCCGGCCGUGGGUUCGGGCAUCUACAGCAUGUCGUCCAAGACUUUGACCGCCUCCAGCGCGGAUUCCAGCCCCGAUCCUAAUAACCCCUACCCGCUUUACCUUAAUCAUGUGUCACACCUUGGUUUUGGCGAUUUCAGGCCCCCUCGUACCUCUGUCGGGUCUGGAAAGUCCACCCUCCUCAAGUCCCUUCUCGGUGAGCUGGAGCAAGUUUCAGGCGUCCGAGUCAUCCAACCCAACCUCAAGAUUGCGUACUGUGACCAGGAACCCUGGCUCCUUGACCAGACUGUCCAGAAGAAUAUCACUGGUGAUCUUGAAUAUGACCCUGAGUGGUACUCGACAGUCGUUGAGGCUUGUGCGCUCCAACAAGACAUUGCUCAGUUUGGUCGCGGCAGCGAGACAAGGGUGGGCAGCGGCGGUUCAGCCAUGAGCGGUGGUCAAAGAGCCGAAUUGCCCUCGCCCGUGCCUGGUCUGGAUCGCAAGUCGACUCAACAUAUCUUCUCCUCCCUCUUUUCCCACUCUGGUCUCCUAAACACGAUCCAUUGUGCCGUUGUCCUGACUACUCACUCUACCCAACUUCUGCCCCGAUUCGAGACAAUUGUCGUCCUCGACAAUGGCAAGGUCACCCACCAAGACGGCUACUAUGAGCUUCUUGCAGAGGGUGUCCUCAACGAGGACGCGCUGUCUAGCGCCCAGGAGGCGGCCGGUGAUGGUCCUGUAGAGGGCCGGCUCGCGGCCGACAUUGAGUCCAAGCCUUACCUUGCUGAGGACGAAGAUGCCAUGAAGAACCAGGCCCCUUCGGACUCUAGCGUCUACAAGUACUUCUUCAAGGCUUGUGGAUCCGCUGGUAUGGCCUUGUUCUUCGUCCUUGCCGCUGUCCUCGCGGCAGAGAGGUCGUUUGAGAAUGUUUGGCUCAAGAUGUGGGCCGAGUCCACGGAAGAUUCCUUGACCUACUACAUCUGUGUCUUUACAGGUUUGAUCAUGGGAGGCUUGGUACUUCUUUACGGCAUCUGCUUCUUCUUCUUCGACGUCCUUCUUGUGUCUUCUUCCCUCAAGUUGUACUUUGGUCAGCUCGAAACACUCAUUCAAUCACCCAUUUCCUAUGUUGUGACGGUUGGUUCAACCACUAUCGCCAAUAGGUUUAUACAGGAUAUUAUGCUAGUUGACGACGAGCUCCCCAUGGCUCUUGUCAACGUGACAACUGCUUUCUUCGGUGCCUUUGCGGAAUCCAUCAUCAUCUUCAUCUCCUCCAAAUACGUCUCCGUUUCCGUGCCUCUCCUUCUUCUCGUCCUCUGGGUCAUCCAAAGGUUUUACCUCCGCACCUCCAAGCAGCUCCGUCUCAUGGAUAUCGAGGCCAAGGCACCCCUAUCCGCGUUUAUGUUGGAAACCAUCAAGGGCAUCGCGUCCAUCCGCGCCUUUGGACGUUCCACCGAGUUCACGCGCAGGAACAGGGGUCACCUCGAGGACUCGCAAAAGGCCCUCUUCAUGCUACUCUCCGUGCAGGUCUGGCUCAAGAUGGUGCUGGACUUUGUCGUCUGCUUCUUGGCCAUCUUGGUCACUACGUUGGCGGUCGUCUUCCAGUCCUCGCAAUCGCCCGGAUUCCUAGGUCUCGCUCUUGUCAACUUGAUUUCUCUAAGCUCCAGCUUCAAGUACUUGAUCACCUUCUGGGCCAACCUUGAAUCCUCGAUUGGUGCUGUUGGUAGGAUCAAGCGCUUCAACGAGGAAGCAAAGCCUGAGGAGCCCAUGCAGCUCCCAGAGCCAUACCCCUCUCCUAAACUACCCUUGGCUCUCGAGAAUGUGAACCUAUCCAUAGACCCGGGCAGCAAGGUCGCCAUCUGCGGCCGCAGCGGAAGUGGAAAAUCAUCGCUUUUGGGCACGCUUCUGCGAUGCCUUGAUCUUACCUCGGGAAGCAUUGUCAUUGACGGACAGGAUAUUACCCGCAUUGAUCGUGACGCGCUACGUGGACGGAUCAUGACCCUUCCGCAAAAGUCUUUGUUCAUUGAUGAUUCGAUCCGUCAAAACAUGUUGCUUUGGGAGGAGGAUCCGUCUCUCACUAGCGACGAGGUUGACAGGCGGAUUGAGGCCGCCCUAAGGAGGGUGGGUCUCUGGGACGUUCUCUUCGAGCGCAAGCCCAUCAGUGCAUCAAGCAGUGAGGCGCCCAUGUCUUCCCGGACAUCUCUGAAGUCAUCUUCAUCCGCUACGGCUUGUCCUACGGAGGAUGGAAAGAGCAAGGACGAGAAGAAGAGUGACAAGUCGGAAGAAAAGGAGAAGAAGAUUGAGGAGGUGGUGAGCCUCGACAGCAGCCUUGAUGCGGAAGAACGUCUCAGCAUCGGUCAGCAACAGUUGUUCUGCCUGGCCCGAGCCCUCUUCCAGCGCAGCGAAUCUCACAUCGAGAUUAUCAAGAGGGAUUUGAAGGGCAAGACGGUCAUCGAAGUCAUCCACAGACUCGAGCACAUUAUGGAGUUUGACACCGUUGUCGUUGUCGACAGGGGACGAGUUGUCGAGAUCGGCAACCCUGGAGAGCUGUUGCAGAUGAGCGACGGUUACCUGAGGGAGUUGUAUCAGACUUCCAACAUGUAA